UGUAGUUCCUCGGCCCUCUGGCUCACGGUUGUGUGUGUCCCACUGUUGGGCGUGGGUCCCAGAGCACCGGGGACUGGUGGGGCGGGGACGGAGGUGGGGGCUGAGAUCGGCGAGCUGCGCGCGUGCGCACGAGCUACCACGCGGGAACUCCAUCCGUCUGGCCUGGACCCUGAGAAUGGAAGAGAUCGGAUGCCCGGAGGCAGGGCUGGCGGGGCCAGAGGUAGCCACGGCUACUGAACCCGCGGUGCCCUCCCUGGUGGAUCGAUACUUCACUCGCUGGUAUAAAGCGGAUGUUAAAGGAAAACCCUGUGAGGACCACUGUAUACUACAGCACUCCAACCGAAUAUGUGUCAUCACACUGGCGGGAUCCCAUCCCGUUCUUCAGAGUGGCAAAACUAUUCAGAGUGUUUCCUAUCAGAUCAGUACCAACUGCAGCAGGCUUCAGAACAAAGUCUCUGGGAAAUUUAAGCGGGGGGCACAGUUUCUAACAGAGCUCGCCCCUCUGUGUAAGAUAUACUGCUCCGAUGGAGAAGAAUACACCAUAUCUAGCUGCGUUAGAGGUCGACUGAUGGAAGUGAACGAGAAUAUUCUUCACCAGCCAUCUCUUCUUCAAGAGAAGCCGUCCACCGAAGGCUACAUCGCAGUUGUGCUACCCAAAUUCGAGGAAAGUAAAAGCGUAACGGAGGGGCUGCUGACACAGCAACAGUAUGAGGAGGUCGUGGUGAAGCGGAACAACGCCACAGCCACUUCAUGAGCCUCAGACGGAGGGACAGCGUCGGAGUCUCGCCCUGCCCGGCCCCACCCAUCGGUGCUCUGAAGAAAGCCAGCGUAUGGGAAGCAUUGCUCACACGGCCCCAGGAGAAGCGUCGUUCUUCACCUUACCUAAGCCCCCUCCUUUGUCUGGACGUCACAAGCCCGGGCUCCCCGUUUGUAGUCAAGCUCUCCGAUCUGCCCUACCUAGGUACCGUUGGGUUGGGACGUGCAGUUGUGGGUGUUCACCUGCACAUAUAUGUACGUCAGAAAACAACUUCGAAUGCUUUUUUACCUGGUGUUAGACAGUCUCUCAUUGGCUUGGAACUUUGCCAGGCAGCUCAUGAACUUCCAGGGAGAUGCCCAUCACCUCUGCCUCCCGUCUUGCAAGGCCAGUAUUACAAGUGCACACACCAUAGCCAACUCUUAUAUGAGCCAGAAAACCCAAACUCAGGUCUUCAUGUGUUCAAGGUAUAUUACUCUUCAGUUGCUGUGAUAAAAUACCAUAACCAAAAGCAACUUCCACAGGAGUUUAUAUGGGUUUGUAGUUCCACAGGACUAGAUGUCCAUCCUAUCAAGAAGGCAUGGUAGCAAGAGCAGGAAGCUGAGAUCACAUUUCCACCAUACACAAAAUGCAGAGAGUAAGCCGGAAGUAGGGUGAGGUUAUUAACUGCCCCUGGUGAUGUAAUCCCCCAGCAAGACUUCUUUUCCUAAAAGUUCCACCGACUGGGGACCAGCUGUUCAAAUACAUAAGUCUGUGGGGGUUAUCUUUUAUCACUCCCCCACAUUCUUCCCAUGAUGCCUUUACACCCAUAGCCAUGUAAUACAAAACGCAGUUAAUGCAAUAUCAAAAGUUCCCAUAGUUGUUACUGUUCUGAAGUCCAAAGUCUCUUCUAAGACUCGGUGCAGUCUCUUGUGUCCCACUGUAAAUCAAGAGACCAGUUACACACUUCCAACCCACAAUGGCACAGAAUACACAUUCCCAUUCCAAAAGGAAGGACGGUGGGCAUAGUGAGGAGAUACCGAACAAAGGAAGACAAACGCCAGCACGAGACACCAAACCCUGCAGCAGCAUGCCCACUCUCUCAGGUUUGGUUCAGAGGGAUUAGUCGGCUGCCUCCAGCAUUGCGGCCUACGACACAGGUAUUUGUCUGCAGUGUCCUGCUCUGUGCCGCUCUCCCUGGCACGUGUCUCUCAGCUGGGAUUUCCAGUGUCUUGGGGCCUGCCCUCUAACCCAGGAUUCACAGUCACAGCUUCACUCACUGGCCUCCCCUCUCAUAGCCUCUUCUUGCAGAAACUCCGUCUCUACCACAUGUUGCCUGCCCUCUGGCUUUCUGAAGCCAAGAAGGAAGAAUCCAGCUUCCUUUAUUCUUUUUGGUUUUUUGAGACAGGGUUUCUCUGUGUAGCUUUGGUGCCUGUCCUGGAUCUCGCUCUGUAGACCAGGCUGGCCUCGAACCCACAGAGAUCCACUUGGCUCUGCCUCCCGAGUGCUAGGACUACAGGCAUGUACCACUGCUGCCCGGCUACUUUAAUUCUUUUAUGCCUCCAUGCUCAUACCUUGUGGAAAAUACUUCAGAAUUAGACUACCAGCUUUCAUCUCCUCUGAUCACAUCCAGAGCAGCUCUUGUAGUUUGUAGCUUUCUAGGAACACACAGCCAGGAUCUUAGGCGGUCUUUCACAGAUUGGAAGUUUAUCUGGGUGGAAUCUUGCCUUGGCCAGCUGUCCUAUUGUUCCAGUGUAGAGCAGACUUUAUUUUAAAUUUUAUUUAUGGAUUUUUUUUUUAGUAUGAGUGCUCCAUCUGGAUGUAUGCCUGAAUGUCAGAAGAGGGCAUCAGAUCCCAUUAUAGAUGGUUGUCAGCCACCAUGUGGAUGCUGGAAUUGAACUCAGGACCUUUGAAAGAGCAGCCCAUGCUCUUAACCACCUAGCCAGCCCUAGAGCAGACUUCUAAAUAGCACUAAUCUCUGUAAUGACAGCCUUUUCCAGCACGUGACUUCCUUGUGCUCUUUUCCUCAAGCUGCACAUUUGUAUUUCGGCCAGACGUUUUCAUUGGUCAAAGUUACACUAUCUUGAAAUACCUAAUGCCAGAGAUAGUCCUUUACUUUUUCCUGGAACUCGAUUUGGAGACCAGGCUGGCCUAGUCCAUUACUUUUUAAUUCAGCUUCAUGUCAGUUCUCAGGACUUGGGUAGAAAGUAGCCAGAUUCUUUGUCAAAGGGGCACAUAAUGGCCUCUAGAGACAUUGUUUCUCUCCAAAACCUAGGAGCCCAGCUUGUAUUGUCUCUGUUACCUGCUUGCACUACAGGCCUCUAGGCUCAAAUCAGGAAGUCUUGUUUCACAAUGAUGUCAGCAUUCAACCACUUUUCUGGCCCAAAGUUCCAGUCUUCUAAGUUCUUCCAAAAAAACGUGGUCACAUUUUUUCACAGCAGCAGCCUCACUUCUUGGUACAAAGGUCUAUAUUAAUUACCUAUCUGUUGCUUUGAUAAAACACCGUGACCAAAGCAACUUUUUGGCUUGUAGUUCAGGGGCUAUCUGUCCAGGAGAAGCUGAGAUCAGACCCGCGCACCCUGGAGGCACGCAGUGAAGUGGGGGUGGAUGGAGGCUGUAAACUCAGAGCCUGCCCCCCCCCCCACAUGCUUCCUCCAGCAAGUCUCCGCAUCCCCCCAGCAGUGCCACCAGCUAGGGACCAAUUGUUCCGAAUUCAUGAGACCAUGGGGGACAUUUCUCAUUCAGUCUACAACAGGAGGCAAGCACUUUCCUGACCGAACCAUUCUCCCAGCCCACUCUGUUCCUCUCAUUUCUCUAACAAAUAGCAAAGAAGGAAUAUUUUUCUGAUUAAAAAAAUACAAGCUCUUGAGAAACAUUUUGAAGAGUUUUGCAUUCCUGUUACCUGGGAAUAAAUAGUGCCUGCUUGAAUGCUAUGUAGGGCACACUUACUGCAUCUGCCUCAACUUUUGUUUGUGUUUUUUUUUAAGAUUUUUUAAUGUGUUUUCUUGCAUGUUUGCAUGUGUAUUGCAUUCAUGCAAUGCCUGUAGAUGCCAAAAGAAGACAUCAGACUCCUUGGAAUUGGAAUUCCAGAUGAUUGUGAGCCACCAUGUGGGUGCUGGGAAGUAAACCCAGGACCUCUAGAAGAGCAGCCAGUACUAUUAACCUCUAAGCCAUCUCUCCAGCCCCUUGCCUUAAUUAUUUUCUCAACAAUUUAAUACUUUGAAAAAACAAAAUUAUUGUCCAUCCUUCCCAAAUCUGCUUCAAAGUGCAAUGGGAAAGCCCAGCCUCGUCCCCUCUGUUGUGGCUUUUUCCCUCUAGGUUGCUGGAGGGGCAGGAAUGUGGAGUCUGCCUUCUACUGUACAUGGAAAAGCUUUGAAAAUGUACAAGGGCUCUUCUAGCAAAUGGAAGAACUGCGCCACCUUGCUGAGCUGGCUCCUGCAAGCGCAUGGCGGUGACUCCAUCUACACAUUUUACUGACAGCCGCUUUGUAGUAAUGAAGGUGUUCGAGUCUCACCCAGAGGCACAGAUGUCUUAGAGCAGAGCAAGGUUUCUACAUUGUCUAGGUUAGAAAAAAACAGCUGUGAAGUUGUGGGUUUAGAUUAGACGUUUACACUGAAUUUAAAACAAAAAUCAUGAAAUGACUGUCAUUUUCCUGUUUUUAAUGAAAUGAUUUUAAGCGUAACCAAAAAAGUUUAUUGAGAAGGAAGAAGUAGCUCCCUGUAACUAGGAGGGGUUAAAACUGAAUUUCCUUGAAAUAAAAUGGUUUUACACAGAUGAAAA